CCCUUCGCUUCCCCCUUCCUCCCAUCGCGCCAGAGCUUAUCGCCAUUUUUCAUCAAAUCUCGCGACAGCAAAUACGCAAAAUUCAUCAUGGCCACUAUCUCAGAGUACGCGACAACGUCGCUCGACGACAUCACUACCGCCGCCAACACUAUCCACACGACAUUCCGCUCCAACAGGACCAAGGAUGUCCAGUUCCGCUUGCGCCAGAUCAGAAAGCUCUACUGGGGCAUCGUGAACAAUGAAAAGCUCAUCGAGGCUGCUCUGCGCAAGGAUAUGCGCAAGUGCAAGCACGAGGCUGUCCUGACUGAGAUUGCAUGGGUCAAGGCGGAAUGCCUCGACUUCACCAAGAACCUGGAGAAGUGGCUUGAGGAAGAGAGCAUCGUCAAUGUUCCCAUGCAGUACUUGGCCAUGAAGCCUCGUAUCCGCAACGAGCCCCUUGGAAAGGUCCUCAUCAUUGGCGCAUACAACUUCCCGUUCCAGCUCAACCUUACGCCUCUCAUUGGCGCCAUCGCCGCUGGUAACACAGUUAUCCUGAAGCCCUCAGAGCUCUCCCCCGCUUCCGCUAUGGUUAUCAAGAAGAUCUUUGAUGAAUCUCUGGAUCCUGAGAGCUACAUCUGCGUCAAUGGUAAAGUGGACGAGACUAAGCAUAUCUUGGAGCACAAGUUUGACAAGAUUGUCUUCACUGGUGGCAAGCGAACCGGCACCAUUAUCGCCAAGAAGGCGGCCGAAACCCUUACACCAUGCUUGCUGGAGCUUGGUGGUCAAAACCCUGCCUUUGUCACCAAGAAUGCCGAUGUCAAGCUCGCGGCCCGCCGUCUUCUAUGGAACAAGUCGUUGAAUGCCGGCCAGGUUUGUCUAUCGCAAAACUACGUCAUGAUUGAGCGUAGCGUCUUGUCUACCUUCAUCGGCGAGCUCAACAACCAAUACCGCACCAUGAUGCCUAAGGGUGCCAAGGCAAGCCCUGAUUACUCUCGCCUGCCCAAUAAGCACCACUUUGAUCGCCUCAAGGCUAUGCUCGACAACUCCAAGGGCAAGAUCGUCAUGGGUGGCAAGAUGGAUGAGGCUGAUUUAUUCAUCGAGCCGACUGUUGUCUUGGUCGAUGAUAUUGAUGACAGCAUGAUGGUGGAAGAGAGCUUUGGCCCCAUUUGGUCCAUUUUCCCUGUGGAUUCUCUGGACCAGGCCAUUGGCAUCGCACACAAGAUUGACCCUACUCCUUUGUCGCUCUUUACUUUUGGCUCUGAUGCCGAAAACGAAAAAGUUCUUCUUAACGUCACUUCUGGUGGCGCCACUGUCAAUGACGGUUUCUUCCACGCCCAGUUCAACGCAACACCGCUUGGUGGCAUUGGUUCCUCCGGACAAGGCUCCUACCAUGGUUACUACUCCCUAAAGGCCUUUAGCCACCAACGCCCUAUCGCACGGGUCCCCAAGUGGACAGAAAAGGUCCUCCGCGUUCGUUACAUGCCCUACUUGCCUAAAGAGCUUGCCUUCUUCCAGAUGCUGAGCCUUGGCAAACCCGAUUUCGACCGUAACGGCAACGUUAUUAAGGGUGUCGGAUAUUGGCUUAAGUUUUUGCUGGCUCUUGGAGGUAAGAGUGUGACUGGCUCGCUGGCGCGAUGGGUUCUGGUUGGCGCCAUUGCCGCGUAUAUCAAGCGCAGACAAUUGCAGUAGGACCGUGUUGGUAGUAUCUGUAGUAUUUCCCGAAAUUGCCUGCUUGCUGUUUCUUUUGUAUUAGUGGAUAUUGUUUAUGCACAUUCCCAGGACGAAUGACCAAUUAAUCUGUUAUAAAUGAACGAUAUUAGCCCGUCCAGCUGUUCUUGUGAUGCUAGUAGAACUAUUUAACGCCCCGUGAGGAUAUCUGCUAAUCGACGCCCCUUCUCUCCACCAAGAUACAAAUCAUCGUCAGUAGAUUCCCGGCCUAGUUCUACCGCUUCGCUGUAACCUCGCGUGACAGUAUCCUCGUCUACCUUCAAUCCGUGUUCUACAAGCGCGAGGAUGACGCUUCGUAACCGGGCAAUCUCUCGCAUCGUAGGAACAUCGAUUUGGUCAUUUUGACUCGAGUAAACCUUGCUGCUGAUGUUUUCUUCCAUGCGGUUGAUGCCUGUAGCUUCUGCCGAGACCUCGCUCUCGAAAUGCUUGCUGAUCCAAAUGUAUCCAUUUACACCGAGGAGCAGGUCGAUCUUGCCCGCGCCGUUAGAUCCAUCAAGCGUCCAAACUUGUCUUUUUGAGCGUACGACGCCGGCGCCGCCACCAGUACCACUGACACUAACAAAAACGCCGUUUCGAAGCUUUCCGUAUUUCAAGCUGCGAGUAUGCAGACUGGCGGCACCGUCUUGAUGCAAUUGUUGGACUUCAGCAACGACAAGGUCGCCUUCUGAAAAGAAACUGCGGAUUUGAAGCUCAUCUGUCUCUGUGCGCUUGCGAAGGAUACCGCCAGGCAAGUUGAUGGCAGAGAUGGCAAGAAUAGCUAGCUGGGAUGCUGCGACAUCGACACGCCAUCGCUUAGCUUGCACUUCGACGAUGCGACCGACAACAAGAUCACCGAUUUCGGGGGUGUAACGCGCACGUAGAGGGCGAACUGAGAGCAGCUUGUUGGUCUUGGUGAGAGUACCAGCUAGCGAAGAUGUGAUGUCUGAUGUGCUUGUAGGAACAUAUGUGCCGUGUCCAC